UUUCGCAAAGGUUAUAUGGAUCAGAAUUGCCUCAAAAUAUUGAGUAAGUUUGGCUGGAAUUUUUAUCUUCAUUCUAUGGCUGAAUUUUAGGCGAUAAGUAAUAAGGUGAAUGUGGAUUUUCUUCUUUCCACAAGUGGACCAACAAGGGAUAUGACAUGAGUGACCCCGUGAUUCCUUAACAACUUGGAAUAUUAAAGGGGGAUCUAGGAUAUGUCAAGGAUGUCGAUAGAAGCAAUAAGAAAAUAAAAUAAAAACAUUAUUUCAAGAAAAAUAAGUUGUAACCAAAAAUCCGGCCUCUAGUAAUUAGUCCAAAAAUACUGCCAAUAUUGUUUUCUGAGUUUAGCUGCGCGGAAAUUGGCAAAAGAAAAUAAAGAAAGGAAAACACUCUCUUUAUUUUAGGUUAGUAAGUAUCCAAAUGGAUGAGAUAAUGGGCCUGGCAUAUAACAAAAAGAAGGAAAUUGAGGGGAGGGAGGGAAGAGAGGAAGGAAUGAGAGAUUUGUUGAAAAGAAUAAAAGAGGGAGGAGGGAGGGAGGGGGGGGGAGGGAGGUUGUUUUGGAAUUUAAAUAAAAAUAUACUUACCUGACAACCGAUUUAAAAAUAUUCUUCUCGAAUCGAAGAAGGAACAAUUGUUGCAACAAAAUAGGUUUUUGAGAAUGUGCGCGGGUUAAGGAUUUGUAGGUAUUUGAGGGAUUUUAAAGAAAAUAUUGAGAAAUGAAGAGAGAGGUUUAUUGA